UUUGGGCCGGAUUGGGUUAAACAAAGGACAUAGAAAGAAGGGUGUUGCUCACUGGUGAGUGGUGAAUGGUGAUCUCAUCUCAGUGCAAUCCUCCGUAGCAUAUAUUCAUUCUCUCAUAGUUAUAAAUAAUCCCGAAUCGAGGUGUCGGUUUUGAAAAGAGUUAACAGUCUCUUCUCUUCUCUUCGCUCCUCCACUUGUUUGCCCUUCAUGGCGGCAUCUCAGGCAAGCCUUCUCCUUCAAAAGCAGCUCAAAGAUCUUUGCAAAAACCCCGUCGACGGCUUCUCUGCCGGUUUGGUCGAUGAAACCAACAUUUUCGAAUGGAGUGUCACCAUAAUUGGACCGCCCGAUACUCUUUACGAGGGGGGAUUUUUCAAUGCUAUUAUGAGUUUCCCAUCCAAUUACCCAAAUAGUCCACCUUCAGUUAAGUUCACUUCAGAGAUAUGGCAUCCCAAUGUAUAUCCCGAUGGCCGGGUUUGCAUAUCAAUUCUUCAUCCUCCUGGUGAGGAUCCAAAUGGUUACGAGCUUGCGAGUGAGCGCUGGACACCUGUUCAUACGGUAGAGAGUAUAGUAUUGAGUAUCAUAUCGAUGCUUUCCAGCCCUAAUGAUGAAUCUCCUGCAAAUGUUGAAGCUGCAAAAGAGUGGAGAGAUAGGAGAGAUGAUUUCAAGAAAAAGGUUAGCCGAUGUGUAAGGAAGUCACAAGAAAUGUUGUGAUUUGUCGCCUACGCCUCAUACUGCUGCUGCUUUUUUCUGAACUGGAGGACAUAUAAAUGUGUAAUGGAUUGGUUCUCCUGUUACUGUUGAUCCGUAUAAGAAUCGCAUUGGAAGUCCACAUUCCUCCUUUCUUCAGUUCCAUCAUGUUCUCUGCAUGGCCAUUUAUCAUAACUUGGAAAACAAACUGUAUUCUAAGUGUUUUUGGCCGGUCUUUUUGACUACUUUAUUGAAAAAUUUACUUUGUUCAUUCGCAUAAAAGUUUAUAUUGGAUUUCUUAUCUAAAAAAAGGUUUAUUAUUUGAGUUUUGGUA